CUUCUGCAUGUGGGUUUCAACAUUGGCACUUUUUUCCUCUUUUUCCUCUUUUUCCCCUCCACAUAGUCUCGUUUCUUUCUCUCCUCCUUUCGAUCCGUUCUCCCUUUGUUCACCUUGACGGGAGUCACAUAAUUUGAGCUCUUUAGCUGUCUUUACCGACAGACCACCAUUACCGCAGGUCCUUGUCUCUCAAUUCUUCGGAUUGCUCUCGGAGGUCUUUUCCAUCGCUUGUUCCUAUUAUAUCCCAUCGCGAGGUGACCCAUCGGUUUUCAUACGUCUGGCAGGACCAGGCUUCCACCCCCCUCACGCUCAUAUACUUACACACACUUCGACUGCCCCUUUCGCAACUGCACCUCAUCACCUCAUCAUGUCCGAAGAAGGAGGCCUGCCCAACCACUCUGGUGGUCGCGGCGUCACUAGUGAGAAACGUACAGAAAAGGACGAAAACAACACCCAGACCACCUCCGAAAACAACACCCAGAACCAGAGCCAGAACGAAAAGGACAAAGAGAUGCACCGCAAACUCGCUACACUAGAACCGCUACAGCCACCCAAGGAACCCCAGACAACCGUCCAUGUCUUCGACAUCGCCUCCCCCGCCCUCCCCCCGACCUCCCUCAACUACUUCAGCCGCGACGACACCACCAUGGAACUCGGCGACUACUUCACCGGCCCCCGCGACAUCCAGAAACACUCCAAGUGGCCCCUCUUCCUCCAAAUCCACGGCUCCAUCCUCCCCAAGGUCGUCCUCCCCUUGACCAUCCUCAGCCUCUGGGCCGCCGCCGUCACCACCGUCUCCGAACUCGUCCACGAACUCGGCGUCCGCUCCAUCCUCCUCACCGUUCUUGGUUUUGUCGUCGCCCUCGGCCUCUCCUUCCGCUCCUCCACCGCCUACGAGCGCUACAGCGAAGGCCGCCGCUACUGGGCCCAGCUCAUCUUGGCCACCCAGACCCUCGCCCGCGUCAUCUGGGUCCACACCAAAGACCACCCGGACCUGCCCCGGAAGCAGUCCACCCUCCGCCGCAUCAGCUGCCUCAACCUCCUCCUCGCCUUCGCCGUCGCCCUCAAGCACAAGCUCCGCUUCGAGCCCUACACCGCCUACGACGACCUCCAGCACCUCGUCGCCCACCUCGACACCCUCGCCCGCGCCGCCACCGAGGCCGACCCGGACGCCGCCACCACCGCCCCGCAAAAGUCCUUUUACAAGGAAGUCGGCGAGUACCUCGGCCUCGCCUUUGCGGAAUCCAACCCGCGCAAGCGCAUCAAGAAGGCCUCCCGCCCCCUGGGCAACCUGCCCCUCGAGAUCCUCUCCCACCUCUCCGUCCUCAUCGACGCCACCGUCGACGCCGGCCAGCUGCCGACCCCCAUGCACCAGACCCUCGCCUACAACAACCUCACCGUCCUCAACGACAUCCUCACGGGGACCGACCGCGUCCUGACCACCCCGCUCCCCAUCGCCUACAACAUCGCCAUCGCCCAAAUCACCUACCUCUACGUCUUCCUCCUCCCCUUCCAGCUCCACCGCGACCUCGGCUGGAUCACCAUCCCCGCCUCCCUCGCCGCCGCCUACAUCAUCCUCGGCUUCCUCCUCAUCGGCCGCGAGCUCGAGAACCCCUUCGGCCACGACGUCAACGACCUGCCCCUCGAGGCCUACUGCCAGCAGAUCGCCCAGGAGCUCGACGUCAUCGCCUCCAUGGACGUGCCGCGCCGGGACCCUUACGGCGUGCUGGUCGAGAAUGCCAAGAACCUGCCGCUGUACCCCGUCAGCAUGGCCUCGUGGGAUACGUGGGCGAGGCGGCCCGAGGCGAAUAUCUGUGAUGUGAUCCGCCGCAAGCCGGACAUUCUGUUCCAGUCGCGCAAGAAGACGGACGAGGAGAGGGCGAGCGCGAGGGCCAGGGACGAGCCUUUGGGGCGGUCGAGGACCCGGGAGCAGGGUUCGGCUAGCAGUGGCACUUUGCAUGGUGAUCACCACGUCUAGAGGGCGUGUCGUUGGAGUUCUUUUCUCCUAUCUUCUUUUUUUCUUGGCUGUCUAUCAUCUGCGGCGAACAUGAUUUUACAAAGCAAAGGGACAACAUAAGCGAGCAUUUUCUUCUAUGGAACAGGACGGGAUGGGGUUUGAAAAGCAUCAUCUGGUUUGGCUUUAGGAUUGCAAAUCUUGAGAAUCAAUUUGAUACCAUCUUGAUAUUAACUAAACAGAUCUCUUUUGAAGCUACAGACAUGCCACAUUUUGACUGUAAGAGCCAAGUACACGUUCAACAAUCUCCAAAAAUGACGCCCCAUCCUAUCUAUUCGCAAAAGGGUAUAUAAUCC